UGUAAAUAUAAUUUUUGAUAAGAUUUACAUUGUAUGUGUGUUUGUGUAUUUAAACAAUGAUAAAUAUAAAAAUGAGUUAUGUUAAGUUACAAAUAAAUGAAAGACAGUGUGAUAGAAACAUGAAUUCAGUUGAUCAAGUAAAACAUAAUGAAAUACAAGGAAGACAUAAAAUUAACAAGAUUAUUCAGGAAAUAUUGUCGACAGAAAAAACCUACAUAAAAAUUUUAAAUGUUAUAAAUUUUGACUACAAAAAUAAGUCUGAAGAUCCCACAAUGCGGCUCUUACUCCCUGCAAACUUCGACAGUAAAUUCAAAAUCAUAUUUUUCAACACCGACAAAUUACAAGACUUCCACGAGGAGCUCCUGGAGGAGCUGGAAAAGUCCACACACUCCCUGGAUUCGUUGGCAGAAUGUUUUACGAAAAGAGAAGGCCUCCUGCUAGACUUGUACGUUGAUUUUUGCACGAACCAACACCACUGCUUCGAAGCAACCAACAGCCUUGAGCUGCAACCUUUCCUCAGUGAAUGCCAAAAGAAACUAAACGACAAGCUAAACCUGAACGCCCACCUGCUCACCCCAAUCCAGAGGAUCACCAAGUAUAGGUUGUUAUUGGAGGACUUGCUUAGACAAACUCAGAAUGAACGUCUGACCUGUGCCUUAAACUGCAUCAGCAACACUUUGGAUAAAAUUAACAAGAACCUGAGUUGCAACCUAAAAGGACUCCCCGACGAGCUACGAAACAAAGGGUCCAUAAUCCUGCAGGGGGAGUUUAAAGUCACCAAAUCGAACAACAAAUAUUACAAAAUUAAGUCUGUGAGGAAACACCUUUUCUUGUUCGAAACUAUCAUCAUUUUCAGCACCCCCAUUGUCAGCCACAAAGGUACCACAUUCCAGUACGAUAACCACUUGAAGCUAUCGGAACUUGGCAUCUCCAAAAGUCGUGUUGAAAAACCCAAAGUUUUCUUGUUAAGUGCCAUCGGCAAAGAUGAAGAAUAUUUUGUUAAAGCUCCCACUGAAAUGGAGAGUCAGGUGUGGCAGGAUAAAAUCAACGACAUACUUCUGUCGCAACUUAAAAACAUUAAAUCCUUAAGACGAAUAAGAAAGCAUCAAGAGACGUCCGAUUUUCAAUUUGAGAAAGACAAUGCCAAAACCAUUGCCUCAAUCGUGGACGCUGAAGAGGCCUACGUAAGAAAUUUGCAAAACUUUUUCAAGGAGUUUGACCUGAAAAGUCUCAGACCUUCCGAAUACUUGAUGGAGUUGGAAGCAAUCAUUGGAAACCUGGAUCAAAUUUAUAAGUUCCAUUCGGACACAGUUCUGAGGGAGCUGAGGAAAUGUACAAAAGUCGAAAGCCUUUUGAUUUACUUCGAAUAUUUGAAACGUAAGUUCCAAAUCCUGUACAACUACUACUUCCAAAACCUGUCCAGAUCUACCCACUAUCUGGAAGUUAUGAACAAACUGACGGAUCGACUGCGUGUCGACGAGAGCCAGCUAGUUCAGAAGCUACUCGCCACCGGAGCACUGUUGCAACCAGUCAAGAGGAUUGCUUUGUACGAAAGGCACCUGGUGGACAUAAAACUCUAUCGUCACGACCUCAGGACUUCCAAACAAAAGAUCCUGAGCUAUCUCCGAGACAUUAUCAACUCCAUGAAGCAAAGCUUGUCAACAAUCCAAAAAAUUGAAGACUUCCCCUUCCACGUCCAUCAAGGUGGUUUAAUUAUGGAAACGGAAAUGGGUGUUUCUGUCUCAGGUAGAAAAAUGGAGUGCAGACACGUAUUUUUCUUUGACCACCUGACUGUGUUCACUGUACCCAAAAACGUUGGCAACACGAAGAAGUAUCAGGUGAAGGAAUUCCUGAAAAAUUCACAUGUGGUACUGACACAUGAUGCUGAUGACAGGAAGUUGAAGCUGUUUUUAAAUAAAACUGAGGUCACUUACACAUGCUUAACCAAUAAUUUAGAUGAAAAACGAAUAUUAGUUAAACAUUUCUCAAGUCCAAAAAUGGUAAAAGUACCAGAUUUCAAAUGUUCCUCUUAAUUGUUUAUUUUAUAUUUUGGAAUAAUUUAAUUUUUACAUUAAAUAGUCGUUAUUUAA